GACAUCAACCCAAGAGUUGCCAAUCAUGGCUCAAAGAUCAGGUGACCACAAGAGGAAGCCUUACUGCACAGAUUUCCCUGAAGGACUCGCUGCAGGGCAACAACUGAAGAUUGAGGCCUCAUUGCCCACGGAUUGCAUCAGCUUCAUGGUGAAUUUCCUGUGUGGUAAGGAGGAAAAAGCCAACAGUGCCUUGUUGCUUUUGUUCAAACUGGGUGACCCUAAUAUGCUUAUACUGAACAACGUCCUGGAUAAAACCUUUGGUAAAGAAGAGAAGUACAGUAAUGUUCCUAUAGCCAAAGGACAAAAUUUUGACCUGAUUGUCAUCAUUGAAAAAGAAGGCUACAAGGUAUCGAUCAAUGGUGAGGAGUUCUGCCAACGCAAGCAUUACAUCCCAGUCGAGCAAGUGCGUUUCCUGCAGGUGGAAGGAGAUGUGGAUGUCGAGGCAAUCAAACUGGCAGGUGAAAAAGAAAACAAAGUCGAAGAAAAAGAAGGAGGAACAGACGAAAUUCAGUCCCGAAAAAUGUAUGCGUGUAAAAUGAAUUUUGGAUCUGCAUCAAUUAUGGCUGUAUGUCCGCCAUGCCCACCAUGUCCACCAUGUCCACCAUGUCCACCAUGUCCACCGUGGUAUUAUUAUAACGCUCGUGGUUGCUGCCGUUGUGGUUGUUACAUCUGUUGUUGCUGAUUUUCUUCAGAUGUUAAAAAACUGCAGCCAUAUAGCAGACAAGCUGCCAGUAAAAAUUUCAGGUAUCUAUUGAUGACUUGAGCUUCUUCAAUACGAUUGUCUUCCAUUUAAUAUCGGUUCAUCGUUGAUAUAUUCUUCUGUUUCUCAACCAAUCACAGUCAAGGGAGGAGGCAGCAAUAGUGGAAGAUCCUAAUAUUGAGUCAAAUUUCCUUUUGGGCCCUUGGACAAGCAUUUAGGACAUGCCAUUAGUUAUUUUAAAAAGUCUAUAAUUAUUCAGGUCAGUCAAUAAAGUUCAUGUUUUAUACAUAAUGAAAAACAUAUGUCUCCCUUCCUUCCUUCCUUCCUUCCUUCCUUCCU